ACAAUCAGGUUCUGUGGCAGUAGCGGCUGGUUCGUGUGGAGGCUGUGGUAGAAGCGUGGGCUGUGGCGCGUGGAUAACAGGAUCUCGGGGCCAGGCCUACACAGCUGGCCUUGUGUGGGAAGGAGCUGUGAGGACACGCGUCCUUGCUCCCGCGGGGAGGGGUCUCACGGUCCCGCUAGGCGCUCCUGUCCCGCGGAACCCCACCUCCGGGGUAGGAAGGGUGGGAAAAGAAGUGGGUUUUUCAGCCUUUUGCGACUGUUAUUUGUCAAAGAGAUGCCUGUUGGAGUUGCUUCGUUUGAAGGAAUUUUUCAAGGUCUUUAGAUGCGAGUUGUAGACAAGAAUUACAGCGGACCCAGAAUAUGAAACUGAGCAACCGCGUGCGUGCUCCUUCAGAAGGCUUCCUGGAUGAUGUGAUGUAGUUUGGCUGCUCCCUCCCCUUGGCUUUUGUAGUUUGUAGUAUGUACCUCUAAUUGCAGGAUGAUGGCAGAUUUCUAACUCCAUAAAAUAAACUGUUCUGUGCUGCCUUCCAGGAACUAAAGAUUCUAGAACCUCCCAUGUUAAUGUUCUUAGAACUACAAGACUUUCCCAGCACUUGGGAAGCAGGGGAAGGCAGGUCUCUGUGAGUUCCAGGCCAGCCUGGUCUACAGAGCGAGUUCCAGGACUGUUACACAGAGAAACCCUGUCUCGAAAAACCAAAAGAAAGAAAAAUACAACACCUCUCUGCAUUAAACUUUAACUUUCUGUCAGUCUUUGCCAGAAUAAUUAUUACCAUUUCCUGCAAAAACGGGCCUUCGACUGCGGAAAAUGUAGAAAUACCUCGCAGAAACAUCACUUCUGAGCUCAGUAAAACUACUCUGUUGUUUAUGCUUCAAAUGCUCUGCUGUGUCUAUCCACACGAGCCCAUAGAAUCAGGUGGAGUAAAGAUAUACCCAGUGAGCACUGACAGCCAAGAGUAGGAGACUUUCUGCAAACUGUCUCAGGCCUCUUUCAGAUCUGAUCCACUUAAUGUUUUGUUUGUUUUUAUGUAAGUGGGGCAGAGGCAGGUGAGUUUGAAGCCAGCCUGGUCAACAGAGCUAGUUCCGGGACAACCAGGGCUGUUACACAGAGAAACCCUAUUUUUAAAAAACCAAAAGGAAAAAAAUGUUACGUCCUAUUUAUUAUCCAUGUUUUUUGUGAGUCUUGUUUUUGUUUUUCUAAGACAGAGUUUGUGUAGUGUUGGCUGUCCUGGAACUCUGUAGACCAGGCUGGCCUUAAACUGAGAGAUCUGCCUGCCUCUGCCUCCUGAGUGCUGGGCUUAAAGGUGUGUGUCACCACUGCCCAGCUAUUAUCCAUGUUUUAACAAAUGUGAAAAUUAAUCUACCCAAUAAUCACGAAGUUAACCAGUAAAGCUGGAAUUGAAACCUAGAAAGUACAACUCCAUGCCCACACCCUUAAGUACACUGUUGUGAAAACAUCCAGUGAAAGACUGGAAAUUUGCUGGAGUGAGGUUGACUCUUCUGUUGGGGAAAAAGGAGGAAAAGAACAUCGUCCAGAAAGUAACUUUGUAGGGUGAAGACCUGCCCAAAGCAAGUUUUGGCUUUGAUGGGGGCCUCAGCUCCAGGUAUGUGGACGGCAGAUGAGAUUGCUCGGCUGUGCUACGCACACUAUAGUGUCAGACUGCCCAAACAGGGGAAGCCUGAGCCAAAACGUGAAUGGACUCUGUUGGCAGCCGUGGUGAAGAUACAGUCUCCAGCCAACCAAGCUUGUGACACCACCGAUAAGGGAGUGCCAGUGACAAAGGAAGUUGUCUCAAUGGGAACAGGAACGAAAUGUAUAGGCCAGUCCAAGAUGAGGAAGAGCGGAGACAUCCUCAAUGACAGCCAUGCUGAGAUCAUAGCCAGAAGGAGUUUUCAGAGAUACCUUCUCCACCAGCUCCAUUUGGCAGCCGUCCUGAAAGAGGAUAGUAUCUUUGUGCCAGGAACUCAAAGAGGACUGUGGAAGCUCAGACCUGACCUGUCUUUUGUGUUUUUCUCCAGCCACACACCCUGUGGGGAUGCCUCCAUCAUUCCAAUGCUUGAGUUUGAAGAACAACCUUGCUGCCCUGUCAUCAGAAAUUGGGCCAACAACUCACCUGUAGAAAAGAGUGAUAAUCUAGAGGACUCCAAAAAGAGUGAUAAUCUAGAGGAUUCCAAAAAUAAAAGGGACUGUGAAGACCCUGGCAGUUCUGUAGCCAAGAAGAUGAGGCUUGGAACCUCCUCCAUGAUGCUGUCCAACUCCAUAGCUCACCACGGGACACAGGAAAGUGGUACAAUCAAACCAGAUGUAAGCAGCUCCAAUCUCACCAAGGAGGAACUGGAUACUGCCAAUGCAGUAGCUCCAGGUAGUUUCAAGGUGGUGGAUGUGUAUAGGACAGGCGCCAAGUGUGUUCCUGGAGAAACUGGAGACUUGAGAAAGCCAGGUGUUGCCUACCACCAGGUGGGGCUGCUUCGGGUAAAGCCCGGCAGGGGAGACAGGACAUGCUCCAUGUCCUGCAGUGACAAGAUGGCAAGGUGGAAUGUCCUUGGAUGCCAGGGUGCACUGCUAAUGCACUUCCUGGAAGAACCCAUCUACCUGUCAGCUGUGGUCAUUGGGAAGUGCCCAUACAGCCAGGAAGCCAUGAGGAGAGCAUUGACUGGCAGGUGUCAGGAGGUCUUGGCUUUACCCAGAGGCUUUGGAGUUCCAGAACUGAAAAUAGAGCAGUCGGGUUUACUGUUUGAACAGAGCCGCUGUGCAGUGCAAGAGCAAAGAGCUGCUGACACACCAGGCCGCCUCGUUCCCUGUGGGGCAGGGUGCAGAAACUGGACACCUAUCACGAGUACAAGGAGGCUGCAUCUGCCUACCAGCAAGCCUGGAGCGCACUCCGGAGGAAACCACCGUUUGCAUCCUGGAUCAGAAACCCACCUGACUACCACCAGUUUAAAUGAAUGCUUGCUGCUACCAGGACCCUUCAUAUUGAUCUGCCUUCUUCCAGAGUGCUGCACCUCUUUGGUGUCAUAUAGAUGGAACUUGGAACCUCAUCAAUCUGUACUUGAUUGGAGUAGCCCCUUGCUAAAAUGGCCUCCCAGUAAUGACUGUGGUAUCUGCCUUGAGUUAUGUUUCAUUGGUUCUCAAAUACAACAUCAAAGUUUGGAACAUGACGCUUUAAAAGUAAUCUGCCACCUUUAAUCCCAGGACUCAGGAGGCAGAGGCAGGCAGAUCUCUGUGAGUUCGAGGCUAGCCUGAUCUACAGAUCGAGUUCCAGGACAGCCUCCAAAACAAAACAAAGAAACCCUGUCUCGAAAAACCAAUAAAAUAAAAUAAAAGUAAUCUACAGCAGUUUCUGUAGUCUGACAUUGAUUCGGCAAGUAUGUAUUGGGCUGAAAUUUGUUAGAGUGUCUGGAUACUUUGCAGCUCCUGGAGUAGUGAACAUGUAUUUCAUAUUUCCAGCCUGCCUUUGGGAACCACCAUUUCCCAGUCCUCAGCAAUCAGACGUGGUUGAAAUUCACUGCACUCUCAGGCUCAGCACAGGACUAGCUUCGGGAAGCUCUGUUGUCAGACCUGUCAAGAAAGGUGGGUUAGUGGUUUGAUUUGUUUGAGAUAGUCUCACUAUCCUUGACUUUCAGUCCUGCAUUGUGGGGACAACAGACCUUGGCCAGAGACCCACUUCCCCAUCAGCCUGGGACCAAGCA